CGGUGCGGCGAGGUGGAUGCGGAAGUAAUUGACAGGAAACGAAGCUGCCAGGCAAAGAGAAGACUGCCGAAGGCCGAACUCGAGGUGUAAUUCUACAAUUGUAAUCAAAAUACCACAUAUAGGCCGUCCGAAAUGUCGAAGAAUACCGUGUCCGACCGCUUCAGGCGAGUAGAUGUGGAUGAAUACGACGAAAACAAAUUUGUCGACGAGGAGGACGGAGGAGAGAACCAGCUGGGUCCUGACGAGGCGGAGGUGGAUUCGCUGAUCAGACAAGGAAAUCUUAUGGAAGCACUGCAGGCAGUGCUGAAAAAUCCCCCCAUCAACACCAAGAACCAGAACGUUAAGGAGCGGGCAGAAGGUCUUGUUCUGAAGGUGCUCAGCUCCUUCAAGAGCAGUGACAUCGAGAAGGGGGUGCAGUCACUGGACAAGAACGGGGUGGACCUGCUCAUGAAGUACAUCUACAAGGGCUUUGAGAGGCCUUCUGAAAACAGCAGCGCAGUCCUGCUGCAAUGGCACGAGAAGGCGCUCUCGGCUGGGGGCGUGGGCUGCAUCGUCAGGGUGCUGACCGCGAGGAAGACUGUGUAACUGAGGACCAAGAGGAAGAUGCCAGUGAAACAUGCAGGCGGCAAGGUUCUGGUGGAUUUAUCACAGGGGGGGGGGUAUAACAUUCAAAAGUAAAAUGUAAAAGGAAAAUGCCCCCAAAACUUAACCGGUCAUGUGAGGGUCUUUUGUUUUGCUCUUGUAUCUCUUGGCAAUACGCUAUCGCAUGAACCCCGCCACAGUUUAUGAUCUAUUCUUCAGCCAUCUGGAUAUAUAUUUAUAAAGGAAAGAGAAAAUGGGAUUAUACUGUCUAGUCUGCAUCCCAACACACACAUAAACACACCCAUACGCCUUGAUUGCUGUGUGUGUAUUCAGUUCACAACUGUAGAUGGUAAUUAUUUGGUUAAUUGCUGCACAUUUUAAUUGAGUACAAUCCAAUCUAACAUGUGAAUACGACUGUUUGUGAUGAGAUAAACUACCAUCACGCUACUAGGAGUUUAGUUUCACGGUUCCUUUUGGUCCCAGCUCACUGCCAAUUCAGUUCCAAAGGAGAGUAACUUUGACAAGGCCACAAUGUUUCAGUCAUGUGUAAAUCACUUUCAAAAGUAUAUUCUAUAAUCGGUAAUGGUUUUCUACCACAUUGGUUAAUACUUUAAUCAGGCGAUACAUCCAGAUGUUGAAAUAAUGAAAUACCUUUUCACUGCAGUAAUGGCUAGUGUUGCACAUUAUUGUGAAGGAAAAUAAUGAAAAAUGUCAGUUUACUUUUGUUAUCGGAUAUUUUCAAUCUGUGCACAUCUAGCAAGUGACAAAAAGCAUGAUGGACCAACUGCCUUAUUUCUUUUUUAUGUUUAUGCUUUUCUGACAAAACAAUAAAAAGUAUUAAAGCUCA